UUAUGAUAUGAAUGAAAAACUUAGAAUAUUUAUCAUAUAUAUUUUUAUAAGAGAAUAAAUGGAUAGAUAUAUUUCCAAGGGAAAAAUUUGGAAUUUACUCCUGUGAAAUCAGUAUCAGAGAUUGAAAUUGAGUCUGACACUUCUGUUGUACAAAUGCUGGGCAGACAUCUGAUUUGACUUUCAAGCUUCAUUUUUGUGUGUAUAUUGAAAUAUUUCAAUAGUGAAAAUUCAUGACAACAUGUUAUUGCCUGGUAGUUUGUGAAAAUAAUAACAUUUUGGAGAACAAUAAAUGCCAUUGUGUUUGUGCAGUUUGUUCAUAUACAUUGGUGCAGGUUUAACCAGCUCAAGUUGUUGCAUGGGUAACGUUGUAAAUGGUUUUAGGUAAUUGAAUGGUUGCAAAACAUUUGCAGACACUUACAUUGGAAUUCGCAGAAAACUGGAAUGAAUUAGCAGGUUGGAUUACUGACUGCGGAGUUGAUAUUCUGGUCAGGGAUUGUCUCAGAGAUGAUGAAGAAUUGCAAAGCAGGUGCAAGGAGCCUCAAAACGGUGCGUCAUUUGGUCAAACCAUAAUACUGGUGUAAUCAGUAGCUGCUAAAUGGCAGCAGGCAAGUCUCGGAUUGACCAUGAAGAAAUGCGAGUCCGGGUCGAGCAGGCGCACAGGGAAGUACUUCCUGCUGUGGAGCUGGAGAAGAAGGAGAUCAAACUGAGGAUCCCACUUCCUGUCCCUGCGGGGCCGACUCCACAACCCCCUGUGCGCCCAGCAGUCCCGGAGAUCAUCAUGACAACAGUUGAGAAUGGGAAACCUGCAGAGCUGAAAGACACAACAGACGAUGACGCUGAUAGAAUUGUGGGGAUAAUCGUCAGUCCACAUGGAGGGGUGGAGCUUACAAGCGAUCCUUUCCAGGCUUCCACCUCCCCAGGAUUAGGACUUGACACACAAACAUCGGACGUGACAAAAACAUCCACAGAACCUACACCAUCUUCUCCAAAACUUGGCAGCCGCUUGACAGUCGAACAAUCGCAUUCCAUCAUCGAAAAGACUGAAGAUCUUAUUGAAUUCUUUGAAGAUAAAAAGAUAACUAAAGAAUUGGUUAAAAGGUCUUCCACAAAGAAACAUAGAACUCCAAGUCCAAGUCCUAUUAGACAGAGUAUAGGAUUGGAUCAUUUAGAUAAUCUUGUGAAACUUAUGGAACAGUUAAGUAAUCUAAGGGAUGAAAAUUCCAAACUAAAAAAUCGCUGUGAUUAUUUAGAAAGCACAAAAACUCUUCUUGUGGCUAAAAGUAAUUUAGAUAAUGAAGAUGAUGAUGAUGACAAUGCGUUUGAACAAAUGCCAUAUGAAUCUAAUUCUUUACCUCGAACAAAAAAAUCCAAAUCUCGUCCUGUCAAGUCUGUAGGUUCUGAAGGAAGUGAACCACGAAUAUUGCGACCAAGGCUGCCAAGUGCAGAAGAUGCUAAGUUUAUAGACAUAAGCUAUGGAGAUUCAAGUUCUGAACGUGCCCCUAAACGUAACAGGAAACUUUACAAGCGAAGUUUUUCGACUGGGUCUCUGGAAGUUCCGUCAGACAUUUUAGAGCAGUCAGAAGAUGACAUUGGAACUCAGAGACUUUCUGAUCCAUUUGAAGAAAAACGUUCUUCAAAAUUAGCUAAGUCACCUGAUGGGAAAAGAAAAUCCAAAUUUUCAAAGUGGGCCAAAGUUAAGAAAGUUUUAAACAAACAACAGCUAUCAGAGAAUAUAAGUUCAGGAAUAAAAUCUAUAAAGGGAUUUGGUAAAGGAGCCUAUCUACGAUAUGGUCCAAUGGCAGGCAGAGAGCUUACUGUUCCAACUCACUCUGCUGCAGAGAGUCGGUCUGUAGACAGCGGCGUAGGUAGCGGUAUGGAUGGGGAAAUGGACGUUAGACGCUCAACGUCCUCUAAUGAGCCUCCCAGCCCAACAAGAUUCACAGAGCGCCACAUUGAUGUUCCAACUCCCCAGCUAGAUGAUAUUGAAAAUGAAGGAAUUUGGUUAGGUCCACCAGAAUGGAUUGAAAAGGAACGUGAAAAAGAAAAAGAAUUGCUGAAGAAAUCGACUCUUAGUGAAUCACCAAAAAGUGAACCAGGUGAUAUAGGUUCACCAUUGUCUGGAAGUACAUAUGAGGAAGAACAUGAACAUACAUUACAGUUACCAAUGGUUCGAAGGCAGUCCAGCCCUCUUCUGCUGGAGUCGGGGGAUGAUGAGGAAAUGGAAGAAUUGAAAAGAUCCUCUAGCUGUAAAGAGCAAGAAACUGCUAAAGAACAAGAUGAAUCAUUCCAUAAAAGUGAUAAGGGUGAGAAAAAACAUCGAACACCUUGGGGGAAAAUGAAAAACAUCAUUCAUACAAGGAAAGAUAGUGAAAAAAAGAAACACAGGAAAGGUGGGCGAGAAAGUGAUUCAUUUGGAUUUGAAGAAGUUUCAGAGACAGAUUUGGAAGUGUAUGAGGAUUUGAAAUAUGUGCAUGAAGUAUUGUUAGAGGGACCAGUUAGCCGGUCAACUCCGAAAAUGUCACCAGUUGUGUUUCGGGAAAAGCAUCGAGAUAAAAGCCCUAGUAGUUCCCCGCCAGGCAGCCAGCGAGGACGCCAGCGACCGAAGGAAUCGGCCAAAUAUGUGCCAGUAACAGCAUCAGGAAGCAUUGAUGUGUCCGCAUUGUUAGGUGGGGUGUCAGAUGAGUUUACACGCAAACUCCAGGCCUGGGAGGAACUGAAAGGCAAGCGGUCAUCCACACUCUUUAAAGACCCGUCUCCGGAGUUAUCAGAGAGCGUGUCCUACGAAAGUGCUGGAGGUGUGUCACCAGAGUUUCUUAAGAAACUCGAGGAAUGGGAACGACUCAAGGCCAUCAGAGAAACUGGAGUGGUUGAGAAGAAGCGAGACAGUCAGAUAGAGCAGGAGCAUGAGACGGAGAGCUCAUCAGACGAGGCAGAGGAGGUGACAACCCCGCCCGGGACUGCCAGACCCUCCAUCAACGUUCAGGAGAUGCAACGCAAACUCACUGACAGCUUUUCCCGCAAAAUGGAGGAAUGGGAGAGGCAGAAGUACCGACGAACAACAAGCACCCCAAGCGACGUCAAGGACAUUCAACCACACAAACCCAGCUUCAAGGAAAGGCCGAAGAGUAAGAAAACUAAGGAAGAAAAAGAACGGGAAAAACUGGAGAAAUUGCGUGAACGGGAAAUUCUAAGGGUAGAAAGAGAAGAACAAAAGUUAGAGAAGGAAAGGAUAAGGAUUGAAAAGGAAAGAAUGAAGGCUCUUGAACGAGAAGCCAAGAUAGAGAAGAUGAAAGGUCGUCUUUCGCAGCCGGAUAUGGAGGCAAAGCUGAAAAACCCAGUCCUAGGUCCACUAACAGAGUAUAAGGUAACUGCAGACUUUGCACGGAAAUUGCACGAGUGGGAGGUGAUGAAGGGCAAGGACAUCUCCACGGCCAUGUACCUGGAGGCCCAGAAGAGAAGUCUGCAGUUCACCCAGGAGUACCAGAAUGCAUACCAAAUAUUAAACAACACGCCUGAGGUAGCCCAUGACAGGCCAAUAACAACUGACACAGAUGAUGGGCAGAUGCGGAAAACCAGCAGUGAGUCAGAGGACAUGUUCCUCAUGGAUGAGCCUGAUGGGGGCCUACCCAGAGAUCGGAGGAAGCCCCCUCCACUGACCCUCAUUCCAUGUGGGGAGUCCCCGGAACAUUCCCCUGGGGCUCCUGUGUCAGAUGACAGCUCGAUGGAUGAUCGUAGUACAGAGACCAUGGAAAGCAUGACGCAGCACAACAUCAUAAGCCUGGAGAAGGCAAACAAGCAGCUUCUGGAGGAGUUAAGGCGACGCGAGAUCGAGUAUAACAGCCUGCAGGACGAGGUCCGCAUACUCAACGACCAGCUCAUCAACUUCCGCAAUGAACAUGUCCUGGAGCUAGAUAUCUCAACAAAUCAGGAAGAUAUUAUGACAAAAACUCAAAACAUGUCCGAGAUCUUCUCUCCUAUCUCUCUUGACAUGUACAAGAAGCAGCUGGUCGAUACGCAUGGUGUGGGUGACCUGUCGUUUGACACACGUCACAUGACCCAGACGCUCGAGCACCUCGAGGAUAAGAUUGGGGAGAUCAAGAAGUUUGGGGAACAACUCGCCAUGUCCAUGGAGGGCGCUGCUGUUGGUAAGUUCCAGACAGUUGAGGGAGAGGAGAGCAUCAACACCCGGCUGGUCGACCUCCUUGAUAAGAUGAGGCUGCUCCUAGGACAGGCCACACUCACAGGGGGAAACACACUUGAAGAGGUGUCUAAGAAAUCUUCCGCCCUGCACCACUUUGAGAAGCUGUACAGCCAGGCGAUGCAGCUGCAGAUGCAGAUGAACAACCUGCGCCUCUCCCAACUGGAGAGAAACAAGGAGAUAAUGAACAUGAAGAGGCACCUCCUGCUCCAGGAGGCCAACAACCUGCUUCUCCAGGCUGAUGUGACACGUCGGGAGGCGGAGCUCCUCUACUACAAGGAGUACUCACAGAAAAGGGUCCCUAUAAAACGCUGGAACACGUACAGUGGCAACGAGGACAGGGCUCGAGCAGGGUUUCCGAUGCAAGAUCAGAAGCACAGUAUUUUCCAGAGAGUUCAGCGCCUACGCAGUGUUCGACCCACAAUACCUAGCACCACAGAUAGUGACAGUGAUGUGCCAACCAAAACACCACCUCGUAGAGAAUCUCCAAGAAUUCGAAAGAGAGAAUCUCCAAAAACCCGCAAAAAAGACUCGCCAAAGACACGUAAACGAGAUUCUCCUUCUUUAAAACGAAGAGAAUCACCUCAGUUGAGGAAGAAAGACUCCUUAAUAGCGCAACAGCCUAUUCCAGAAAGUAGAAUGCCAGAAAGAAGUGUGGAAAGAAGUGAAGAACAUAUAACUACUCUUAGUAAUGUGUUAUCAACCAAAAAACAUAAAAGGGAACAAAAGGUUUUAACUGUAACAUUACCAACAGCUAAAGUUGUGCUACCCAAAUACUCUCCACUUGAAGUUAUUACUGUAAAGAAAUCUUUAGUGAAGAAAACAAGUAUACCAACUGUUAAGGAGAAAGAAACAUUGGACACAUCUAGUGACAGUAGUGAGAAAAAGGUGCAAACCUCAAAAGGAACAGAACCUAAAUUCCCUGAACUGCUUAUUCCAGCGUGGAAAAAGCAAUCACAGGGGGGAAAACAGUUGCAGAGAGUGCCACAUAUAGAUUCAGAUGAGGCAUUUGAAUCUGAUGGUGAAGUGUUUAUUCCAGAGAGACAAGUCUUACAAGAAACCGAGAUUGUGCCGGAUAAAUCUAGGCCAGAUGAAAGAAUGGCAAGACUUCUAGUGGAUAGGAGUCUUGAUUCUAGUGAAACUAGUGAGGACACAUUGAAGUUUACAACCCCAGAGCCAAGCCCUGCCAUAAAACUGGAGCCUCCAAUGUUUCCAGUUGAUGUUCAGGUGUUACAUAGACCUCCUCAAGAUCCAAUAGAGACUGCCUCAGACCCAGGACAGAGUCGACCUCACUCGAUGAUAAAAGUUUCCAUCGAAACGCAUGGAACUCCACUAUUGCUACGGAAACCACCAACGGGGUACCAGUUACGCGGACGUGGGCAAAUCUCCAGACAUCAUGUUUCUGCCAUUCCAACCAAACAAAUUAAACCAGCUCAAGAACUUUUGGAUGAAAGCCAAAGAUAUCGUAGUGGUCAUUCCAUUUAUCUUACAAGGAUCUUAAAACGAUACCCAAUGAAAAUUGAAUGUAGAAGUCGAAUUAUGGAUGAAACAAAACGUGUUAGUGAAAAAGAAAAUAUUUCAUCUGGAUAUGUGAAAGCUAUGGUUAAACAAUUAUCAAGGGAGGGAACCCCAGAUUCUAGAGGCUCACCAAAAGUUACCCCAAGAGGUUUACCAACUUCAGGAACUGAAUCUCCCAAAUCUGAAUUUGUGUCACAUAUAGUCAGAAAACUGUCAACACCAUCUGAGGCAAGUGUUGAGAGAAGUGUCCUGUUAAAGGAUUUGACUAAUGGUGGUCAGGUUCAGAAACUUAAGCAAGCUUAUGCUGUAAACCUUGAAGGAUUACAUGAAAGAAGGUACUCAGAGACUCUUGUUGUACACAAAAAAGGUUCACCAGAUUCACAGCCAUAUGAAUCAUCAUCAUCAACAUCAUCCACAUUGACAUUUCCUCACCUUGGUUCCAAAACUGACACACCUGAUAAGGGCAAUGGGAGUGGUAGCUCGACAAGAGUUACCUACUCUUCCAUGCCCAUGCUCAGUCUCGAGGGAGAGGACCACGGUCGGGAGAGAUCGGCCACCACAUCGUCAUCCUCCACUCGGGGCAAAUCUCACUCACCAAUGGGCAGCCCGUCAACCCGACAUCGUGUCCAUGUGGCUGUCUCCCUGUCUCCGGGCAAGUCAAGGCGUAUCAUACACCCGACACUGUCCCCUGCCAGAAUGAGACGAUUAAUAGACCCGUCCUCACCAGGGAGACGGAGGCGUGUACAAGAACCUUCACCAAUAGAAAUCCUUACUGAAGAACCAGGGGAGACAAUGUUUGCUCAACAAUUAAAACCUCAACAACUCUCACCACCACUCUCACCAUCCAUCAUCGAUGUCAGAAGACGUUCACCUAAGCUGAAACGCAAGGAAAAGGCGACACAAGGGACCAUAGAGGUGUUAUGUAGACAGUCUAUGACGUUUGAUUUAGGGGUUUCUAUGCAUGCUCAAGAGGAGAUUGCAGCGGCGGCUCAAGGGGACGAAGGAAGAUCUCACACAUUACCCAUAAGGCACUCAACUUCCUCCACAACGUCUGCUAGCUCACAGUCUGAAUUGGAAGGGGCAUCAGCAGGCAUGUCAGGGGACAAGAAAAAAUCACGACACAAAAAAAUUAUGGACUCUUCGUUCAUACAGAAAUCCAAAAAGUUCUUUAAAGUUUCGAAGCAAGGGCGCUGUCCAUCUUUUGAAUGUUGUGGCUCCGACAGAGAGAUGAAAACUAUUCACAGACAAACUUAACUAUACAGCAAUAUCUAGACACAUGAAGGUCAAGGUCGACGUUAGGAAUGUAUCACCUCCCAUCGCCUGGCAACAAGGGAGUGAAAUGGAAGAGCUGGCCCAGUAUGGGUCACAUGACUGAGAGGUCAAGGUCAUAGAACAGAGACAAAUCUAAAAUAAGCAACAAUGUGAAGACUUUCAAACAAAUUUGAAAAUUAAUGGUGUAGUUCAGAAAAGUAUGGUUUAUAUACAAGCUUCUUUUAGGGAAGAGUGAGAUUAUUUUAUUAAAAAAAUAUCUACCAUUACACAAGUAUUUAAAACAUUUAAAAGGUUAUUUAGAGGUAUAUACCACAAGAUUGACAUGAUAAUGAAGUGCAAUGUUAAAUAAAACUGUUGUGAGGCAAUGUGCAAUACUUUUUUUUGAAGUUUGAAAUAUUAACAUUAUAUGAAUACAUUACAUAGCUGUGAUAUGCAACAUUUGACAUCUGAUUUUGUACAAGUAUACAAAUGGAACUAGUUAUUUUACUUACUCACUUUAUAUCUUACAUAUGAAAUACUAAUUAAUGGUGCUAUAAUAUUUAUGUUAAAUUAUUUGUACUCGACUAGUCAAUGUAUGUGUAUUGAAUGUAUGUAUGGAUGACUGUGUAAUAAUAAUAAAAAUACUACAGACAUUUAAUCUAUUUUAGAUGAUAAUAUAAAAUUGUUUUUAAUAUUGAGCAAAUUAUUAUAAAUAAUUAGUUUAAAAAGUAUGACCAUAAUAAUGUAAUACUACUUUUUGAAAGUGAACACUUGCUUAUAGUUAUUUUAUGAUUGUAACUCUGAUAAAAAGAUUUGGUAUGUAUUUCUGGUGAAAUAAAAUUGUAAAGAGGA